AUGACGGAUAAGAAGAGCCCCGAACCAAGCUUGGAUGAUGCCCGCUAUCCGUCCUAUCCAGAUGGCGAGAUUCAUAAUGGAGCAGUGAUUGAUAUGCAAAGCUACCAAUCAAAUGUUCCUUUAUGGAGGCGAGUGUGGCAGCAUAGUUUGACACAGAUGAUGCUCCUGAGCGUACAGGCGUUCUGUGGCCCUGCAAUGUCUGAUGCAAUCACCGGCCUCGGUGGUGGUGGCCUUGCCUCUCCGCGGGUAUCAAAUAUCACCAACGCGAUCACAUAUGCCUUGAUAGCGAUUGUUUGCUGUUUAGGCGGCCCGCUCGUGAACAAAGUAGGCAUCAAAUGGGCUCUUGUUAUCGGUUCGAUGUCCUUCCCCAUACAGGGCUCUGCAUACUAUUGCAACAGCAAAUAUGGAAACGAAUGGUACCUGAUUCUGAGUGGUGCGAUUAGUGGCAUCGGCACUGCUUGCUGGUACGUCGCUGAAGCGGGAGCUAUCAUGACACUGGCUCCCUCUGGUGCUCGUGGAAAGUAUCUUGCUUUGUGGAUCGUCUCGCGAAAUCUUGGACAGUUGGUUGGUGGUGCUAUCAAUCUAUCCAAGAACUAUGAGAAAGGCGUUAGUGGUGGUGUCACAUCCGACACUUAUCUGGCCUUUGUGAUCAUUGAGUGUCUCGCUCUGCCGUUCGCGCUGUUGAUCAUACCCUUUGAGCGCGUAGUCCGAUCUGAUGGGACAAAAAUCGUCACCUCAGAGACUCUUUCGACCAAGAUGGAACUGAAACGCAUCGGAAAGACCAUGAGCUCAAAACUAAUUUUGCUUUCUGCCCUCUGGGCAUUCUGGUCUUUCUUUUACUCUGGUACUUGGAGCACCUACCUGGGAACUUAUUUCACUGUUCGUGCUAGGGCUCUUUCUUCCCUCAUCUCGCCUUUCUUCUGCAUUGUCGGCUGUUUCGGCCUCGGAUUCAUCCUAGACAUGAAAGGUCUGAGCCAGCGCCGUCGCGCCCAAAUCGGACUAUAUACUGUUGUCAUUCUGAAUGUUGGCGUUUAUAUCUGGUCUAUCAUCAUGCAGACCAAGUUCAACCGCCACGAUCCCGGCGCUAUUGACUGGGAUGAUUCUUUAUACGCUUCGUCCUUCCUACCCUACUUCUUCGUGCAGACCACCGGCCCACUAUCCCAGUCCUACAUGUACUGGCUUUUAUCGUCUUUCGCAACCGAUGCUCAAGAAAAUGUCCGCAACGGCGCCGCUUUCAGAUGUAUCGAGGCUGUUGGCCAGGCUGUUGCGUACGGAAUGAACACACAAACAACAAAUGAUCCGAUGGUUGGAUUCUGCGUGACUUUCGCCCUGCUCGGGGCAGCGUUGUACCCGAUGAUAAUGCUGGUGAAUACCACGCCAGAUCGCAUCCCUGCAGACAUUGUUGCAGAAGAGCAAAAUGCUGCUCGUGAGAAGAUGGAGGGAGUUUAG